AUGCUGGAAGAAUUAGAUGACUUUGAGGGGCCUGGCAAUGAAAGGGCAGGGACACUGUCUCCUAGUACCAAAGAAGCCAAGGGCAAGAAGCGAGUACUUGGCCCAGCUGUCAACUACCUCAUGGGUCCAAGGUUUCUAGUUUAUGUCAGCUGUGCACUUUCAAUCUGGGGGGACCGUAUGUGGCAUUUUGCCAUCUCUGUGUUCCUGAUUGAACUAUAUGGACACAAUUUACUCCUAACAGCUGUUUUUGGUUUAGUGGUGGCUGGUUCUGUGUUAGUGUUUGGGGCUUUAAUUGGUGACUGGAUUGACAGGAAACCAAGGAAUAAAGUUGCACAUGCAUCAUUAUUCAUUCAGAACUCAUCUGUAACUGCCUGCUGUAUUGUCCUAAUGCUGGUCUUCUCCUAUAAGAACGAGAUAGAACAGAUAUGGCAUGGCUGGCUCACAGUGUUCUGCUACGGAGUGGUAAUUAUCCUGGCUGACUUAGCAAACCUUGCAAGCACAGCACUGACCAUAACAAUUCAAAAAGAUUGGAUUGUGGUCAUCACUGGAGAUAACAGGAGCCAACUAGCUGGCAUGAAUGCGACAGUGAGAAGGAUGGAUCAAGUAAUUAAUAUCUUUGCCCCAUUGUCUGUGGGCCAGGUUAUGACUUGGGCUUCUAAUGUCGUGGGCUGUGGCUUCAUCCUUGGCUGGAAUUUGAUCUCGUUGCUUGUAGAGUUUAUUUUCCUUUCCAAGGUUUAUAAAAUGGUACCUCAGCUGGCCAUAAAACCACAGCAAUCCAUUGGAGAACAUUAUAUCGAGAGGCAACUGGAACUCAUAAAUGUGCAAGGUGAUCUACCUAUUUGCUCAGUCAUAGGUGACUUAAUUAGCACACCAUCCGUACCCACUCAAUCCAGUGACAAUAAGCCAGAGAACCAAGAAACGCCAGAAUUCCAGUCUUCAACAAUGACCCAAACCACAGCAGAACAUGCAUCAGAAGUUCCAGAAACUCCAGCAGAACGGUCUUCCACAAUCCCUGCGUGUUUCCAAAGAUUCCGCAGAAUAUUACACACGUGUACAGAUGGCUGGAAAUCAUACUACAGACAGUCUGUUUUUUUAGCGGGUUUGGGGUUAGCUUUCUUAUAUACUACAGUCCUUGGAUUUGACUGUAUCACUACAGGCUAUGCCUACACUCAGGGGAUAAGUGGCUCUCUGCUUAGCAUUCUUAUGGCCGUAUCAGCCAUCUCAGGAUUAAUGGGCACAUUUCUGUUUACUAAGCUAAGAAGACGCUAUGGAUUAGUAGUCACAGGAAUCAUAUCUAGCUGCCUUCAUGUCAGCUGUUUAAUGCUUUGUGUAUUUUCAGUCUUUGCACCGGGAAGCCCCUUUGAUUUGGGCAUUUUUUCUGUUCUUAUUGGUAUGAACUCUUCUUCAAAUACCGAAAAGCAGAACCAGCUCCACAUCUAUCCAUCUCAAGGAAAUAUCAACCAACCUAUCCUCCCAGACCGCUCUUCCAUUCACUGGACUAACAAUACUGUGUUGUUUGAGAGUGUACAUGCCAGUGAUCACCCAGAUUCCUACAUCUCAAUCAUACUCCUCUUCUCAGGAGUAAUAUUAGCAAGAGUCGGUCUGUGGUCCUUCGAUCUCACAGUGACUCAGCUGCUCCAGGAGAACAUCCCUGAAUCUGAACGUGGAGUUGUUAACGGAGUGCAAAGCUCUAUGAAUUAUCUGAUGGACCUGGUCCAUUUCAUCAUGGUGAUUUUAGCUCCACAACCUCAGCAGUUUGGACUCCUGGUUAUCAUCUCAAUAUUGUUUGUAAUAGCGGGACACACCAUGUUUUUUUUUUAUACCAAAAAAUAUAAAAUUAAAGAGAGGGAAUCACCAAAUACUCCUGCCUGAUAGUCUUGUGAAAAAUCAUUUUUAAUAGCCAGCUUUCUGUAGUAUAAUCUUUGUAGUAUGAGUUUUAGCAUGAAGUGUUGGAUAACUUUAGCAGACCUGUCCAAUGUUCACCUAAUCUGUUCCACUUCUUUUUUUAUUAUUAUUUUAUACAUGAUUCACCCUAUUCCAUAUACACUUUCCAUUAACUUUACUGGAAAUAAACAAUAUUUCAACCACCGUACAAAA